AUGAUGUGGUGGGCAGUAUGGUGCAUUGCUGUGGCUGCGAUGGGAGCGUUCGCAGCGGCAGGACCUGCAGGUAGCGCACUCGCUCCAUUCUCCGCUAUUGACUGGGAACAAAUCGACCCAGCCCAGCCCGCCCUUGAAGACGAGAGCUUCAAUGGUGUGCCAUCGAUGGGCGGACGCUACACAGCUGCUGCCCCUUGGCUCUACCUGUUUGCUGAUGUUCCAAGGGAAACACAGGUUAAAGGUAAUGAGGCGAAGCGUUCUCGAAGUGCUUUCUCCGUGUACCCUGCCGUGGAAGUAUUGCAACAGGGAGCGUACAACAACUACCUGGAGAGGCUGGCGCAUGCCAACAGAGAUUUCCUCAACUGUGUCGGAAAACGAGACCCCUGGAACAGCCCGGACUGCAUGUUGAAGAAUUAA